AUGUUUAGACUAAGCCUUCCGUCAAAAGUCAUUGAAGACGGAGAAGAAGAGACAGAUUACGACUCAAAGAGCGGUACAUUUGUGGUGAAGAUUUCUAAACUAAAUAAAGGCGAACACUUUGAGGGAUUAGAUUUAUUGACCAAAUUGUUGUCAAAUGAAUCAAACAAACAAAUAACUAAAAAGUCUUUAAUUGAAGUGAUUGAUGGACAAGAGGUGAACACAGAGAGUGAUUUUUUGAUUGAUGAGGACUUUGAUUGGCAUUUGGAGCAAACAGUUAGACAUGAAAGCGACGACUUAUUACUCUUUGGACAGACCUAUGGGUUUGCCGACCAGUACUCAGCAGUGGUCGCAAGAAUUGUGGAAGAAUUUAAUGAUUUAAUUGAUAUCAAAGAUCCCGAACAUAAAAGUUAUAGCGAGAGAAGGGAAGAACGAUUGGCUACAGAAUCUGAAGAUUUCAAUGACGACCACUAUUUAUCUGAUCUCUACGACCAAAAUGAAAUUAUUUCAAACUUAAAUUCAUAUGAAUUCCCAUUUUGUGAUACAUUUAGCGACGAUCAGAGGUUUAAACUGAAAGAUUUGCCCAAAAAAGAGUAUAUUCUUGAGAAGUGUAUCAAAAAGAAGUUAUUGUUGGGAAUGAUUGACAUAUUGUUUGGUUACGCUUAUGAUAUGCGGGUCAAUGAGGGCGACCAUAAUGUGGAGUCUGGUUGGACUGUAUGUAAACUGUCGGCCACUUUGUCAUGGUUUGACUCUUACGACUCGCUUAAAGAAGUUAUUAUAACUUCUAUUCGACGAUCUCUUUGUUAUCCAUUAUAUCGGGAAUGGAGUUUAUCUCUCAAAGUGCUCGAAGAUGUCAUCAGAAUUAUAGAAUUGGGCCAAAACUGUGUCUUAAAUUGUUUUCUAGACAUUCAUAAGAUGUUUAAUGAGAGCGGAGACGGCAGAUAUUUAUUGAACGACCUCUACAUCACUGACUACUGCGUUUGGCUGCAGUCUCUCAAAAGCAACACAUUUGAGUCGUUGGCCACUGCUCUCCAACACAUCCGAGUCAACAAAAGUGAUGUUAAUCUGGAUCUCGACGUCUUGGAGAGAGCCGCCAAACUAGCCAUCGAUGAACAACGUGAUUGUCAUUCAAACGAAUCCCCAGCAGAUAAUUCUAAUAACGAUAACUAUUCUGAAUCUAAUGAUAACAAAAAACUUCUACAUAACAAAAAUGAAUGCAAUUCUAAAGCAACGGAAACCCCUUCAGAGUUAAAUAAGAAAGACAUUGACAAACAAAUUGAUUCCGAUGAUGAUAGUGACUAA